AUGACGAGCGAGACCCCUCAGCAGCAGCUGGACCCUCCGCCUCCUCUGAGAUCCAGCCCGGCGUCCGGCGUCCUGCAUCCCACCAUGCUGAGCCCACAAGCCGCCACAGAAAGUUCUUCCACGGCCGUCAAAGGGAAGAAGGCGAGCUCAGGUCUGAGGCGGCCGGAAAAGCCGCCGUACUCCUACAUUGCUCUCAUUGUCAUGGCCAUUCAGAGCUCGCCCACAAAGCGCCUGACCCUCAGCGAGAUCUACCAGUUCCUCCAGGCUCGCUUCCCGUUCUUCAGGGGUUCGUAUCAGGGCUGGAAGAACUCAGUCCGGCAUAAUCUUUCGCUGAACGAGUGCUUCAUCAAGCUGCCCAAAGGACUGGGCCGGCCGGGGAAGGGCCACUACUGGACCAUCGAUCCGGGCAGUGAGUUCAUGUUCGAGGAGGGCUCGUUUCGUCGCAGACCAAGAGGCUUCAGAAGAAAAUGUCAGGCUUUGAAGCCCAUGUAUCGGAUGAUGAACGGCAUCGGCUUCGGCACCUCCAUCCUCCCGCAGAGCUUCGACUUCCAGGCUCCAUCCGCCACCCUCGCCUGUCACAGCAACAGCUAUAACCUGGACAUGAUGAGCAAUUCCAUGGCUGGGGGGUACGACGGACUGAGCAGCGGCCACCACGUACCUCACAUGUCCCCGAGCCCCGGGUCCACGUACAUGGCGAGCUGCCCGGUUCCCCCGAGCGGGGACUACGGGCCGGACAGCAGCAGCAGUCCAGUUCCGUCCUCUCCGGCCAUGGCCAGCGCGCUGGACGGCCACUCUCCCUACGCCAGCACAUCUGCACACUGGGCGUCCUCCGGUGGCUCUCCCUACAUCAAGCAGCAGUCUCUGGCCUCCAGCAGCCCAGCAUCUUCUGGUUUACACUCCGGCAUGUCGCCAUACUCCUUGGAGCAGAGCUACCUUCACCAGAACGGCAGGGAAAGCCACUCCACUGACCUCUCAGUGGGGAUCCCGCGCUACCAAAGCCACUCCUCGGUGUGCGACAGGAAGGACUUUGUGUUGAACUUUAACGGCAUCUCCUCCUUCCACCCUUCGGCCAGCGGAUCCUACUAUCACCACCACCACCACCAUCACCACCCGCAGAGCGUGUGUCAGGACAUCAAACCGUGCGUGAUGUGA